UACAUCAUGAUGAAAGAAGAAAUCUUUGGUCCUGUCAUCACUGUUUAUGUGUACGACGACGCGAAUUAUGAGCAGACUCUGGAACUCAUCAACAACACCUCACCUUAUGCACUGACAGGCUCUACUAUCUGUGCCACAGAGCGCAAGGCCCUCCUGAACACCACAAACAAGCUACGCAACGCUGCCGGCAACAUCUAUUACAACGAGAAAUGCACUGGGGCGGUCUGGGAAGCGUGUAGCGCAUUCGAUCUCGCGUUGAAGGUGGUGACUCUUCAAACAGAUAUCCAGAAUCUUCAGGUGCCAACUCCCGGCAUCUCUGAACUGGAUAUCACCACGCCAGACCAGACGUUUGAUAUCACUCUUAUUCCCAUUACACCACUCGAGGUCAACUGGAAACUGUCAGAGGUAGAAUGUGCUUACUAA